AUGCGCCGGCAAGUGCAGCCGCACAAGGGCCGGGAUCCGGCCCGGCGUUUCACACGCAACCGGCUUUCUCGGGGCCGGGGAUUGAGAGAAACAACUGGAUGUCUGACCUGCCGCCGUCGCCACGUCAAGUGUGACGAGGCCAAGCCUAAAUGCAAGGCUUGUUCGCGCAUUGACAAACCUUGUGCCUGGCCAGAUGCUGCCCCUUCAGUGUCAGAUAUUGAUGGAGAAAAAAGUACAUCCACGCAAAGUAGGCAGGACAGCCAUGAUACAGCUGUCCAAGAAACCGAGUCGGCAGAAUACUCGGUGUCUACAGAUCGCCAACCCCAGGCUGAAACUUCUGAGAAUGGCUUUGCGUCACCAGGCUGCAAUGUACUAGAGCUGUCUCCAGUCACGAGCCCAAAUUCGCAAAGAAACGCGACCGAAAGAUGGUCAGAUAGGAGUGAUCUUGCAGCUCGCGUCUCCAAUGUGACAACCCAAAGCCAUACAAACCCCACACCAGUAAUACACACUGAUCCAUUACAACGCUCACUAUCAUCUACCCAUGGAGACAACUCUCCCGGCGCAGAUAGAGCGACAGAGUACAUUCUUUCGCCCAGUUCGAUACAGUCCAUACCACAGACACUGGGCGCCUCGCCCAAUCUUCAUUCUCUCGGACCAUUCACCAACGACUGGACACAUGCCGACUCUGCUGCGCAGCAGAGCUUCAAUGUUGACGAUGCUGCCUCGGCUUGGGCCAGCUUACUACUGCGAGAUGCCUCGUCACGGAUAGACGGUGGCGGUGACACUGGACUGGAGCUGCCGGGCCUCGAUCUAAAUGGCGCGCUUGGGCCGUCCAUACGGCCGUUGCCGCCUGCGCCUGCGGUUCGAGUCAGCGACCAACAACAAGGGGGCACAUUUACUGCGGAACGGCCAGCAAUUCAAGGCUCUUCCUUGGGAGCUCAUGCUACCGGGCUCCAAUACGAGCAUGACAAGCCUUGGCAGUCGUCUGUGUCGUUGAAGCUGGAGAAGCACGAGUACCUCCUCUUCCACGACUUUGUACAGAAUUUGAGUCUCUGGAUGGACUUCUUUGACCCUCAAAGACCAUUUGGUACAAUUGUUCCGCAUCUAGCUAUGAGAAACGUUGGCCUCAUGAAUGCCAUUCUGGCCCUGUCCAUACGACACCUAUCUCUCAACGUCCGGUUCCAACCAAAGGACAGCCGCCCGCAAGAUCCCCUCGACGCCCUUCCCUUUUACUUCAUGACACUGCACUACAUUCGCGAAGCGAUGCAGUAUGACUCGUACAAGAGCAGCCUCGAGCUGCUCGCCACCGCAUCCAUCGUCUCGGCGUACGAGAUGCUCGACGGAUCCAGCACGGACUGGGAGCGCCACCUGCGCGGCCUGUCCUGCAUACAGCACUCGCAGGGCAUCCACGGCGACUCGGGCGGGCUCAAGCAGGCCGUCUGGUGGACGUGGCUGUGCCAGGACGUAUGGGCCGCCUGGCGCGAGGGGCGGAAACCGCUGACGACGUGGCGGCCCGACAAGCAGCUGUCGGAGCUCGACAACUUUGAGCUUGCGGCGCGCUCGGUGUAUCUUUUUGCGCAGACGGUCGGUUUCUGCUCCAAGGAGGAGAUUGCGCUGGGCCAGCAGGAUGCGAAGGCGAGACUGGCCAAGGCGCAGGGCCUGCAGCUGUCGCUGAACAGAUGGCACAAAUGCUUACCUCCGGAUUUCAACUCUCUCCCGCUGGACACUUCGACUUAUGAUGGGGUCUUUGAGCCAAUGUGGAUACAUCCGCCUAAUUUUGGUGUCGCGGUGCAGCUUUACCACUGCUCUCGCGUGUUGAUCUUGACAAACUCGCCAUGUCUGGGCGGCAUGGCCGAGUAUCAGAAGCAGCGUAAGGAACUUGACCAGCACAUUGGGUCAAUAUGCGGGAUUGCCGUGCAUCUAAAGGGCGAUCCUGAGAGCGUAAUGUGUUCCCAGGCUUUAUUUAUCGCCGGUCUAUUUAUAAUUGAGCAACGACAGCGCGAAGCUGUUUUGGAAAUGCUUGAAAGCUGUUGGCGACGUGCUGGUUGGCCACAUGAAUCUUUGUCUGUCGAACUCCAGCGUCGAUGGAACGAGGAUUAA